AUGAUGAGCUGGUGGUCAUCCGGGGCCAACAGCGCCCUGGAGGAGCAGAUCGAGAAGGCCACCAGCAGUAGUCUGGAGGAUAUCUCUCUCAACCUCGAGAUCUCCGAUAUCAUCCGUUCGAAGACGGUCGCUCCCAAAGAUGCUAUGCGGGCUCUCAAAAAACGUAUCAACCACAAGAACCCGAAUAUCCAGUUGAGUGCUCUCAAUCUUACUGAUACUUGUGUGAAAAAUGGCGGCGCCCAUUUUCUUGUCGAGAUUGCCUCCCGCGAGUUUAUGGAGAGUCUAGUCUCCCUUCUCAGGGCUGUUGGCCCCGCGGCCGUCAACGCCGAGGUGCGCGCCAAAAUACUCGAGUUGAUCCAGUCCUGGGCCACCGCCACCGAGGGGCGUUACGAGCUCGGCUAUAUAGGCGAGGUAUACCGCAAUCUUCAGCGGGAAGGUUUCCAAUUCCCACCCCGCGUCAAUGUCAGCAGCAGCAUGAUAGACAGCAGCGCGCCCCCUGAAUGGGUUGACUCAGACGUCUGCAUGCGCUGCCGUACCGCAUUCACCUUUACCAACCGGAAGCAUCACUGCCGCAAUUGUGGAAACUGCUUUGAUCAGCAGUGCUCCAGCAAGACGCUCCCGCUCCCUCAUCUCGGCAUCCUUCAGGCCGUCCGCGUCUGUGAUGGCUGCCACAUCAAGCUGACAGAUAAGUCAACAUCCAGGCGUGCUACCCAGGACAAGUCCACGCUGUACUCAAACUUCCCUGGUAACAAACAACGUACCCAUAUGGAACCCCGCAGCGCCCGCGUGGAGGAUACCUUCGAUGAAGAUCUUAAAAAGGCCCUGGCCAUGAGUUUGGAGGAGGUACAGGCGCACAACCGGGGUUACAACCCGAGCGCUGCCAAUGGACCGUCAUCCCAAUCCAAGGUCAAUGGGAAUGCUCGGCCGAAGUCUAUCGAGGAGGAGGAAGAUGAAGAUCUGAAAGCUGCUAUUGCUGCUUCCCUCGCUGAUAUGGAGGAGCAAAAGAAGAAGCAUGCUGCCGCUCUCAAGGAGCAGGCCUCUAACGCCGCAACAUCUUCGGCCGCUCAUUUCACGCUCCCGAAAAACGACUACGAGCUUACUCCUGUUGAGGCCGAAAACAUUAACCUCUUCGCCACGCUUGUUGAACGUCUCCAGACUCAACCACCGGGAACCAUCCUCCGCGAACCGCAGAUCCAGGAGCUGUAUGACAGCAUCAGUGCCCUGCGCCCCAAGCUUGCGCGGACGUAUGGAGAAACUAUGAGCAAACACGAUGCCCUUCUUGAUCUCCAUGCAAAGUUGUCGACCGUUGUGCGGUACUACGAUCGCAUGCUAGAGGAACGGCUCUCCAGGGCUUACAGCCAGCACAAUAUCGGUUACAAUCUCCCUCCACUUCGGCAAACAACCGGAGCAUAUCCAUCUUUGCAACCAACUGCUCCGUCUGCGCCAGCUACGGUCCCUUCUGCAGAGAGCUUCUACACUGGCGAGACCUCCAAUCAAACGAUUGCUCAACAAUCUUACGCUCAGUCAACACCUCAGGCACAGUACGCAAACUACGACCGGCGCAGUUCUAUGGCUAUGGUCAGCCAACCACCUCAAGCAUAUCCACCACAACAAGUUCCGCAGCCGACAGGCACUUGGGGAGCGCAGCCACCCGGCCAGGCUCCUCCGUAUGCACCACAACCGAGCUACUCCUCGUCACAACCGGCAACAGAUCCGUCUGCUCCCGCUCUGGCACAGCCGUCUGCUCCGCCAACAGCGCCAGAUCAGGUUCCUACCGCCGACCCCGCCGCAUCUUUUUACUUCAACCCCUCUGCUCCCCCACAACAACAGCCAUCACAGCCUCAGCCGCAACCGCAGCAGCCCCCUCCUUCCUCUGUACCCGACGCAACCGUGUCACCGUAUCCGAACCUCGCACAAUCCAUUCAGGCGCUUCAGGGUUCGGUCCCUCAGACACCGGCGUCGGCUCCCGUGCAGCUGUCACAGCCAGCACAAGCUCCGCAGCAGCAACAGCAGACCCCGCAGCAACAACAGCAGCCUUUGCAACCCCAAAAGCCACCACAAACCCUGCAGCAACAAUCUCAACAGCAGCCACAGCAGCCGUACUGGCAGUAUCCUGCUGCACAGCAGAUGCCGCUACCGCCCGUGUGGCAACCGUCGCAACAGCAGCAGCAGUCUAGUAGUGUAACUCCUGACGCAUUCCCUUCAGCACCGCAGCAUGCCCCGGCACCGAAACAGCCUGUCGUAGAAGAGGCUUUAAUUGAGCUUUAG